CAUUCCAUAGAAGCACCAGGUCCGAGACAUGUACAAUGUCUUUCAGACAAGGGUCUGUUCCGGAAAGAGGUGGGUUUACUGGCGGGCGGUUGCAAGUCGGGCUUGAAUCGGCCUCCGGCCGGACGACGUCAAAUAAAAUAAUCAAAGAAAGAAAACUUGUAUACUGCCCACGGUCACACGUCUGUUCCCGGCGCGGAGUGGUUGGAGACUGCCGAACAUGGCCGCCUCUAAAGGAAGAGAAACUUUCUCUUCUUUGUGAGUCGGCGUCAAAAAACAUAUAUUAAUUGAAUAUACUCUAUUACCAGUUAAAACAUGUUCCAGGUGCCCAAUUAAAAUGUAGCACCUGGUUAUUGGGUGCUUAAGGCUUAAAAAUGGUUUUAAUGUAUUUAAUUAUUUAAAUUGUGACAUCAAGUUGGCGACUGUAAAUUUACUAACAUAUUGUCCCACUGCGAAUUGUUUUAGAGGGAUUUUUCCUUUUCUGACUUGAUCAUAGUCACGGGCAUUUUAAUUAAGGCCAGUGUCCGCGGUGACUGUUAAUUUGGUUUGUUGUCUAUUGGGGUCACGCCCGAGGCGCUCGCCUGACUCAAUCCGGCUGGGCAAGGGGCGCGCUCCGAAAACGGGAUACGGUACUGGCGGUGCGGAGCACGGGCUUAAAAGCCAUGGUCGGUACGACGUCAAUAUAUUAAAGUGUUUAUCAAACCAGGCACUCUUAAUGGGUCACACACAUACUUAAUGAUGCACUUUCUUUUGUGAAUACAUAUUAUGACUUUAAAUAAAUUCUUACGGGCAUUUAAAACACUGGUACUCAUACAGGUGUCUAACUAUUGACACAGAGCACUAACAUAGUUACGUACAGAAUCACUAACUUCACUCGUGUGGAUGUGAUGCGAGGAUGCAUUCCGCCAGCGAGGACUGGUACUGGCGGGGUGAAGACCAGGCUUUACAUUGAAAGGUUGUACGACGUCAACACUUAUCACAUUUUAUGUAGUUACGUCCUCGGGCGUCUAUGCUGAAAAGGUGUCUUCCGCCCGCGGGGGCUGGUACUGGCGGGGUGGGGACUGGGCUUUACUGCUACUGGAAGUAAGACGUCAAAAUGUAUGUGUUUAAUUAAGUUAGAGUUCUAGCCACUUUGAUCAAAAAGAAAACUUGAUUUGUAAACUUUUUUUUUUUUUUCAUAAAAUCAACAUUAUUGCAAUAUGUAAACAUCGUAAACAUGUUGUUUAUAAGCAUAUAUCGUUAUAAUCUAAUUCAAACGAGUGAAUCAUAAAACUGCGUUAAAAUUCUCUGUGUUCUUUACUUUGCAUUUCAUCGCCGAAAAAGUCAUUUAUAAUAAUUAUUACUAGCUUCGAAAUAACUUAUUCCUAUUUUUUGCUUGAAUUUUACCAUUGAAAUUAGUACUUGCAGAAGUGUAAUUUCGUGGUUUCACUUCAUCUUCUUUCGUUUCUGCCUAUGAUUAUUAGUUAUUAUCCGUGGUUAUUUGUUCUCAUGGCGGAUGCAAUUGAUGGAUCUUCAGAAUCGACGGGUGAACCGUGCAAGGUAAAGGCUGCCCCAGACGCAGUCCAGGAUGUGACUCAGAGCACCGGGCGAGAAGUCGGCGGAGGGGGGGAGAGCAAAGCGUCGUAUUCUCCAAGCACACAUGGUUUCCCCCCUUCGAGGCCAGUGUUUAAGCACUCUUCAGUGUUGGCGCCGUCUCGCGUGUCGAGCAGCCUCUUCCCGCUGAGGUCUAGCGUGCUCACAUUCUCCCCGCCAACUCCGGCCAAGCCGCUGGUCCUGCGACCCUCGCAGCUGGCCGUCGGCUCGGAUGCUGCGAAGAUAGCCACCUCUCUGGAGGCCACGCAGCUCAGCAAUCCAUUUGCCAAAGCAAAAAACAGCGAUGCUGCUGCAGAGCAGAGUGAGCCAGCGACGGCUUGCAGAAGUGAGCCAGUGGUCGGGACUACCAGCUCCCCCUCUACACCAAAGUUUGUUCCUCUGGGCACCAAGUCGCCGUGUCGAGAAGAAAGCAUGAAUCCUUCGUUGUGUGUAGCGCCCAUAGCUUCGCCAGCACCUGGCUUUGUUUUUGGCCAGAAUCUCCAAGAGAGAGUGGCGGAAACGGUGCCUACAGAAAGUGCAGCACAUACUCCUGCUGAUGGCUCUUCCCAAACAAAUAAUGUUGUGGGAGAUGCGAUAGCAACAACAAAUGGAACGGAAGAGAUGCUUUUUACAUCAGUUCUGAAGAAAGAGCACCAAAGUGAUAGUUCCAGUAACCAGAGUGAACGGCCCGUCAAGAGCCUGGACCAAGCCGCGCGGGAGUACGAGGAGGCGAGGUCCGUGAAGCGCAAGUACGACCAGGUGAUGGUCGUCACAGGGGAAGAGGACGAGGCAAAUGUGCUGCAGAUAAACUGCAAGCUGUUUGCGUUCAGCAAAGUGAACAGCACGUGGACGGAGCACGGCAGGGGCACACUGCGACUGAACGAUAAGGAAGACGAGAACGGCGUGCAGUCGCGAGUUGUGGUCAGGAUGACCGGCAGCUUAAGAGUUCUGCUCAACACCAAGGUUUGGACGGGUAUGACAGUUGAGCGAGCAAGUCAGAAGAGUGUGCGGUUGACUGCGCAGGACAGCGACGGACAGAUCAAAGUUUUCUUGGUUAUGGCGACCCCCAAGGAAGCUGAGCACCUGUAUUCGAGUCUGAGCGCGAGAGUGGCGAGACUGUGCUCCCAGCAGCAGAGCUCGGCGAGCGUCAGCAGUAAGGCCUGCUUGUCGGAGCCUUCUCCCAAGAAGAGCCUGGUGGCCGACAACUGCGUGCUUGAUAUGGAUUAAGAAGCUCAAGGUGCAAGUACCAGUGGCUGAGUGAAGGACCACAACUCUGUGCACUGUGGGGCACACACGCCUUGCACUACCUACUUCACAUAGUGUACAGUGACAAAUACCCAAGUUUGGAUUCUGUCAAAAUAAUAAACAUUUUUUUUCCCAGGUGUUUUGUUGAAAAUAGAUUUUGUUUUGAGUGU